AGAUAAAAAACAGAACAGUUUUCGCCAGCUUUAGAUCCUGCCUGAGCCCCACCCUGUUUCUCCUGCACACCAAUCGCUUCUCAGGCCAAAGGACGGCUCCUCUAGCUCCGGGCCAGCUCCCUGGCACUUGGGCUCAGCUCCCUGCGGCUGCAGGAUGGGAUUACUGCCGGAUGACUUGGUGGUCAUCCUCGCAGAGCUGGAUCAGAAGGAGCUGAAGCAGUUCAAGAUGAAGCUGGUCGUGUUCCCAGUGAAGGAGGGGUGCGACAACAUCCCGCCGGGCCGACUGGAGAAAGCCAAAGCCCUGGAAUUGUGUGCCAUCCUGAAAAGCUACUACGGGAAAGACUAUGCCCUGCAGGUGACCAUGCAGCUCCUGACAGACAUAGGGAGGAGCGACCUGGCGGAGAUCCUCGGCCAGACAACAGGGGCUGGAUCCAGAAGUGAAGGGCAGGAGUUCGAUCUAUCUUGUGGUGGUGCCACAGGAGAACUAUUACAAAGCCUGACUGCAUGGGAGAAGGAACGUUACUCUUGGAGUGAGUUAGAACGAAUAGCUUCCUCUGAAGGGGGAAAUUGGAGUGAACAUUCCACAGCAGAACAAGGAAGAAAUGAGAAAUGCAAGUUAUGCCCAAGAGAAGAGGACCUUCAAGAAAAAAUAUUCCCAGAGACUGUUUGCAGCCCAGAUGGGGAGCAGGAAACGUACAGGGUUCACCUCCCCACGGCAGGCACGUUCUGUUGCUCUGAAACCGACCUGGGGUUCGAGGUGCGGGCCCCCGUGACUGUCCAGUACGGAUACGACUCCUGGGAUCGGCACCUGGCUGCACGGAGCACUCCGAAAUGGAUGGUGGCUGGCCCCUUGUUCAGCAUCCGGGCGGAGCCGGCCCGGGCCGGGGCAGCCCUGCACCUCCCGCACUUCCUGUGCCUCACGAGCGCUGAGAGCAGGGGAGAGGCCGAUGCCGCCCGGGUGCAAAUCGCCCAUUUCGCUGAGGAGGGGAUGACGCUGGAGGAGCCCACGGGGCUGAGGCCGUUCCACGCCGUGCUGCAGAACCCCAGCUUCUCCCUGUACGGAGUCCUCCUCGUCGUCUCUAGAGUCCUGCCAAUCCCUGUCCACGCCCUGGUGCUGAUUUACCUGGCACUCCGGGCUGCAGACACAACCCUCCACCUCUACCUCAUCCCCAACGACCACUCGCUGGAGAAGGCAAUCAAAGAACAUGAAGAGAGGAAUUCCUCAUUUUUUGUGGACAAAUCUCCACAGACCAAACAGCCCCUCUACUUUCACACAGAGUAUGCCGUGUCCUGCCUUCCAGAAGCAGAGAUCACACCCUGGAUACUGACGUUUUCCUAUACGAGCCAAGAGAAGCGACAGCCCUUCAUUGAGGUCUACAUCGAGGAGAUGAAGAGGAGUGUGCAGCUCAGAGUGGGUGACAGAGACUCUGCUGAGCCGUGCUGGGAGGCUACUCUGAGACCAGGAGAUGUUGAACUUACUGGGUCAGGAAAACACCGCAUAGGAGGCGGCCGGAGGAAGACAAAGAGAGAUCAUCUCCUGGGCGCCCUGAAAGACCUGCGAGAGGCUGAGCUGAAGGAGUUCAAGAGCAAGCUGAUGGACAUGGAGCUGGAGGGACACCACACACACAUAGCUCGAGGGGACCUGGAGAAGGCAGGGCCCGUGGAGAUCAUGGAGCUGUUGAUUUGUCACUACACAGAGCGCGAUGCAGUGGAGGUCACCAGGAAGGUGCUGGAUGCCAUCAACCAGAGAGACCUGGCAGAGAAGCUCUGCAGAAGAUCGCGGGCGGCUGGGAACGAGCCCGUGGGAGAAGAUCAGCCUCCGCUCUCCAGGGGAUUCCCCUGCCUCUCCGCCUCUGCUUUCCCGUCACAUUCACAGAGCUGAGCACCAGCCUAGCCAGGAAGCCCGGGAUUCCAAGGCCAGAAGGGACCACUGUGGUCACCCACGCCAGAGACCCAGUGGCUCCUGGGUGGACAUCAGUCGGACAGUCAGUCGUCCAUAAGUCAAGCUCGGCUGU